AAAUGUCAGAUUUGCUUCAGACUUCUGCUCAGUAGAUGCAAUAGCUUGAUUUUUUUCGUGGAACAACUGAUAGUCUACUAUCAAAUUUUCGCAGAAAUAAAAGAAAUAAUCACAGAAAAUUGACAAAGAAACAUUAAAAUAUUCAUUAUUCCGUGAUAAAAUAAAGUAAAAAUUAUUGCAACAGCAUUCAAGUAGAAUGACACGGUUUUAUUGCGAUGUUGAGCUGGAAUGUUAUUGUGCAUUCUAUGCGAGAAUGAAUGUGUGUGCACAUGAAAGAGACGAUAUUAUAUCGAUUACAUGAACAAGUAGUACGGAGAAAUUUGACAUUUUGUGUGACCAUCAAAAGCUUCAACCAUUCAGUACAACGAAGACGACCGUGGGAAAAAGUACCUAUACCACACAGAAAACAUGAAUCGAGAGUGAAAAGUAAUAAGUUUGUGUGCAUCCAAAGAAGCAUUCAAUGGAAUUUUUGUGUUUUGCAGAAAUCAAUAAAAAUUUGAUGGAAAAGAGCAUUUGUUGUGCGAAUUAGUUGAUUUUCAUUGGGAAUAGAUGCAAAUAUUAAAAUGUAUUGCGAUAAAUCGAUUGUGUUUGUAUAAGUGAAUUACGUUGUUUUGUUGUGCUUCGUGUUUCGAGGAAUUUGUGUAUUUUUCUGCUUCUUCUUUUUGUGUGUGUCUGAUAAGAAUAUUUGUACUGUGUCAAUGGGAAAACAUUGUGUUUCGAGGCAAAUAAAAAAAAAACGAUUAGCAAAUUGAGGGCGGAAAAUUAUUCAAUGUAACAUUCUGAGUGUAGUGAUUUGAUGAAGUUUCUGUACCAUUUUUUUUCCGCUAGAACUAGGAGCAGCAGCAACAACAACAACAAUAACACAAAUUUGCUUCGUCUUCGUAAUUUAAGUGAUAAGUAAAGUAAAUUAAAGGUCGCAAAAGAAUAUUGCGACUGAGUGGACAAAGUUAGUGAUUGUAACAAAACCAAAAACCCAAAGCAUAAUGGCGUUAUCAAAAGGUUUUCGUAUUUUUGAAAAGAAGCAACCAAACCACAGCAUCAUCUUGGAACAUCGGCAACGUACACAAGAGGCACUCUUAUUUGAAUCACAAGCAGUUGCCGUCCUCUCCGCACAAGAGCUCGAAACGAUAAAAAAGCAAUAUGUCAAAAUUGCUGAUGCAUAUGGUUGCUUGGGUGUGCUACAGGUAAAUGCAGGCGAAUCAUCGGUGCUGUAUUUAGUGUUGGUGACAGGCUGUUUUUCCAUGGGCAAGAUAAGCGACUCCGAAAUAUUUCGAAUAACACAAACGCAAUUCGUUCCAUUACAAUUUCAAGCGCCUGGCGAAGAUAAAAUUGCUGAGGUGCGGAAGGUGUUAAAUUCGGGUACAUUUUAUUUUUCGUGGAAUACAUGCGUGGCCAAUUCAACAGCACUGCAAAAUUCCUUCGAUUUAACAUUGUGUGCGCAAAGACGUCGCCGAACAACUGAGACGGACAAUCGAUUUUUCUGGAACCGAAUGCUGCAUAUCCAUUUGUUGCGUUUCGGUGUCGAUUGUGCAUUUUGGCUGCUCAAAGCGAUGUGCGGAUCAGUUGAGAUUCGUACGGUUUAUGCAGGGAGUCGCCAGGCAAAAGUUGCAAUCAUUUCACGAUUAAGCUGUGAACGAGCUGGUACACGGUUCAAUGUGCGUGGAACGAAUGAUGAAGGUCAUGUUGCAAAUUUUGUUGAAACUGAGCAAGUUAUUUACUUGGAUUCAGAAUGCACAUCUUACAUCCAAUCUCGUGGCUCGGUGCCGCUAUUUUGGGAACAGCCAGGCGUGCAAGUUGGUUCGCAUAAGGUGAAAAUGUCACGAGGAUACGAAGCAUCGGUCAAAGCAUUCGAUUUGCAUAUGCAAAUGAUGAAACAACGAUAUGGCCAACAAGUCAUCGUCAAUUUACUGGGCACCAGUUUGAUUGGCAGCAAAGAAGGUGAAGCGAUGCUCUCGAAUGAAUUCCAACGCCAUCACAAAGAAUCGGUGCAUGCAAACGAUGUACCGCACAUCGUGUUCGACUAUCAUCAGGAAUGCCGCGGAGGAAACACAUCGGCUCUCUCUAAACUUAAGGCCAAACUAGAUACAUGCUGCUCGCAUUUCGAUGUUUUCCAUGCAAACGGCGAUAGUGUUCUGCGUGAACAGCGUGGCACGAUUCGCACCAAUUGUCUGGAUUGCUUGGAUCGAACGAACUGUGUCCAAACAUUUUUGGGGUUGGAAAUGCUGAGCCAGCAAAUUCUACUGCUCAAUUUCCAUGACAAAGCGCAAAUGCAGUCGCGACUCGAUGAGGUAUUCCGUCAAAUGUGGGUUAAUAAUGGCAACGAAGUGAGCAAAAUCUAUGCCGGCACGGGAGCCAUUCAAGGUGGCUCAAAGCUCAUGGACGGUGCAAGGUCAGCAGCGAGAACAAUUCAAAACAAUUUAUUGGAUAGCUCCAAACAAGAAGCCAUCGAUAUUCUCCUGGUUGGGUCAACAUUGAGCUCGGAACUUGCCGAUCGUGCACGCAUCCUACUUCCAUCGAACAUACUACACGCUCCAACACCGGUUUUGCGAGAGCUCUGCAAGAGAUACACAGAGUACACAAAACCGAUGGAUAUUCGCGUUGGAGUAGCCACAUACAAUGUCAACGGUGGAAAACAUUUUCGAAGUGUUGUUUACAAAGAUCUGUCACUAGCGGAUUGGCUGCUGGACUCACACAAAAUGGCUCGAUCACGAUCCUUAGUGGAUGUCAGCCAUCCAGAAGAUGGAACCGCUGAUGCGUGCGAUAUUUUUGCCAUUGGAUUCCAGGAAAUUGUUGAUCUAAAUGCGAGCAACAUUAUGGCAGCCAGUUCCGAUAAUGCCAAAGCAUGGGCCGAGGAGUUGCAAAAAACGCUUUCAAGAGAUGAACCAUAUACGUUGUUGACCUAUCAGCAAUUGGUUGGUGUGUGUUUGUAUGUUUUCAUUCGACCAGAGCAUGCUGAGCACAUUCGUGAUGUUGCAACGGAUUCGGUGAAAACUGGCUUGGGUGGAACCACAGGCAAUAAAGGAGCCACUGCUAUUCGAUUUGUAUUACAUGGCACUUCGUUUUGUUUUGUUGCUGCUCAUUUUGCUGCCGGCCAAUCGCAAGUGCUCGAACGAAAUGCUGACUACGCUGAAAUCACACGGAAAAUCGUUUUCCCAAUGGGUCGAUCGUUGAAAUCGCAUGACUAUGUGUUCUGGUGCGGUGAUUUCAAUUACCGUAUCGAUAUGGACAAAGAUGAAAUCAAGGAUUUGGUGAAAGAAGAUCAGCUCGGGCCAAUUUUGGAGAAAGAUCAGCUAAUCGUACAGAAGCUGGCCGGAAGUGUAUUCAAUGACUACAUUGAAGGUGACAUCACUUUUCCACCAACGUAUAAGUAUGAUUUGUUUAGUGAGGACUUCGAUACGAGUGAAAAAUGUCGUGCACCAGCAUGGACCGAUCGGGUUUUGUGGCGUCGUCGAAAAAUGCUACAAGACGAUGGCAUUUACGAUUGGAAUGAGGGUCGACUGUUGUACUAUGGGCGAGCUGAAUUGAAACAGAGUGACCAUCGGCCGGUUGUCGCGGUAAUUCACAUUGAAAUAUCGAAAAUUGACACAGAACAACGACAAAAAGUAUUUCAAGAUGUUAUCCGUGACAUGGGACCCUUCGAUUGCACCAUUGUCAUACAUGCGGGUACAAACGAUGCCGAUGACGAAGAUGCGCCUAGCAUUUAUGACGAGGACAUUACUACCAUGAUAAUUCAAGAGCUAGGCCUCAUUGGAGAAGUCACUUUGGUGCGAUUUGUGGGCGAAACUAUGUGGGUCACUUUCAGAGACGGUCAAUCGACUUUGAUAGCAGUACAGAAGAAAUCAAUCCGAAUCAGGGGUAUUGAUUUCCAUAUUAAUCUGAAGACCGAAAAUUGGCUGGCUCAAGUUGAACGUGAAAUUGCACUUUGCACCACAAACACAGUGCAAUUGUGCUCAUCAUCGCCGGUUGGAGACUACAAUAGUUUGGGUAUACCAAAAGUACCGCCAAGCCGUCCAAAGUCACCGCCUGUCCGGCCAUCGCCUCCAAUUCGGCCACCAUUACCCACAACACCAAAACACACUCCGAAAGCCGGCGUUAUCAGCAUAGUCAAAACAGAUCAAGGAAUAUUGCGACCAAUUAGCGCCGAUUCGAGUGGUGGUGCGGCUUCAGGCAUGCCACAUCGCCCAGCUCCACCAGUUGCUGUUCCGAAAACAUAUCAAGAGACAGAACAGCAACCGAAUCUGUCACAAAAGUCGAGCAGCAGCAGCAGCAGUUCAUCAACACCAAGUCCAAUUCAAGAGGCACCACAGAAAGUGAGUCCGCCACAAUCACUCAGCAUUCAUGAUCAGGAUACCGGAGCCAUUUAUGAGGAAAUUGAUGAUGAUGUUUACAUUCCAAAACCACGAGAUCCUCCGCCGCCAUUGCCGCAGGAUUCAGUCUAUGAUUUGGAUGUGAAUCCAAACAAAUCAAAUACGGCCAGCCCAAGCCGAAAUAUUGCCACAAGAACAGCACCAUCUCCGCCAUCGAGUAGACCACAACCGUCAAUACCAACUGGCACAACUGCUAUGGGCACACCUCCACCACUACCAAGACGACAAAAUGCACCAAAUCCUAGCAAUCCAGUUCCGAACGAUUUACCAAAAGUUCCGGCUCGAUCAGGCGCACCGCCACCCUUACCAGCGCGUCCAAAUGCACCUUAAUCAUAAUUAUUGACAGACAUACAAAACCAGCAACCCAGUUUACCUGAGAAUAUAUUCUCAACCCUAUACGUUAGAGAGAAACAUGUGUGCGGUGGCAAAUUGCUUCAAAUUCAUCUAGAUAAAUAUUGAGUAGUCCAAAUUAGCUUCCUUUGAUUUGAGAUAAAGAGAUAAACUAUUUAAUUUUAAAGCACGUCGCAGUAGUUCUUAACGAAAAGCCAUCUACAAUUAUGAAAAUCACGCUUCUGUUAAUGACUUUAUUGAAUGCUCCGUAUUCAUAAAAGUGAAUGCGAAAAACCAUAUUUUGAGAUAGAAAAAGAAUUCACGUGCUCAGUGCAUUUGUCUGUCUGUUCGUUUUUUUUUUUUUUGUGAUCGUAAAUAUCAAUUCGAAAUUCACUGCAAUAUUUGACAUAGUAUAUUAUAAAUUAAAAUAUUUUGGUUAAGCUGCAUUUAUUGUGUUAACUAUAUCAUCAAUUGUAUUUAUUUGUUGUUUCUUCGAAGAAAAUUAAUCUUAUUUAGGAAUUAUAGUGAAAUAUAUAAAAUUAAAAUUCAAUUGUAGAGAUCAUGAUGCAUAUAUUUGUGUGACAUAUUACUAUGAAGCGAUCGCUUGAACGAUCUGUUUGUCGUAGGAUGGAAUUAAAAUAUUGGAAAAAAAAGAGAGAGAAUUGUUGGAGAUAUAAAUAUAACAUUUUAAAUAACAUUAAUUUGUGCAAAAUAAAUGAAUGAAUAUUGAUUGUAUAAAUUGA